UUGCAAAUGGAGUUACAUAGCAUGAGUUGACUGAACGGCAAAACUUAUUCGAAUGAAACGAAAUGACACAAGACUUAUAGUCUCAUCUGUGAGAAGCUGUGAAAAUUUCAUCUCAUCAAUCGGUCCGGAAAAUUUUUCAGAAAUAUCUCGAAAAUAAACUUUUUUUUAUGAAACUGGCGUUCUCUAUUUGAUAUUCGGUUUAAUAACUAGUUUAAUAAUAAUAAAUUUUAGUCAAGAUGAUGAUAAAAAUAACAUUAAUUAAUUUUUACCAAUUGUACUGAUCGAUUGUCCCAUUGAAAUAAUUUUCAACACAGUUAAUCGUGUUGUGAUCGUUGAUAAUCUUGUAACUUGAAUUCCGGUAUCACAUAUACUCGCUAUUGUUUAAUGAUGACCACAUGCACAGAUAACUGAACAAUAUACACGCAAUAAGCUAAAUGUUGUAGUGGACCAUGGUGUGUUCAUAAUAAACAAUUGAUCGAACGGUCAGUGCUAUGUAUAGCAUUAGUUUCAAUGUAAACAUGCUCGCAAGUAAAAACGAGCUGUUCAAAGUAUACUCAAGUGAGAUAAAAUUAAAAUGAAAGAGAAAAAACUGAAUAUUUAACAAUGUAAACAAACUUUCACCAAACAACAUUUUGCCGUCCAAUCCACGACGCUAAUACUCGUAACUAACGGAGGGUACGUGCAAAGUAUUUAUCAUUGUAUUUUACGAUUUUAAUUAAAUAUUAUUAAUUAAAUUAUAACAUAUUAGGUGUAAUUUAUUAUUUUUUAAAUCCGACCAGUGCAUUCCGAACGAAACCACUGCUACCGCAUACAAAACGCACAACACACUAUCGACCGGUAAAAACCUCAUAAUAGGUGUGAAUUUAAUGGGCAAGAUGAGAGAAGACAUCAUGCGAAUGCUAUGACAACUGUGUUUGUAUUUGGCAUCUAAAAUGUUUGUACAAUAGCACUCAAAAACCUCAAGAGUUCAUUUGACUUUGGGUGAAAGAAGUAGAAAAUGAAAUCGUUUAAAUCGUUUGUUAUUGGCAUGCAUGCAGCCAUCAUUGGCCGAUUGCUUGGAGAACGUGCAAUUUAUAUUGUAUGUGUGCGCACCGCGCGUUCAACAAACUUAACAAAAACAGAAACUGAAAUACAACACGAAAAAAAAAAAACAUUCAUUUAAUCUAAUUCGUUGGUCGAGCCGCCCACUACAUCCUACCUAAAAACGAAUAAUCCACCAUAUACGAUGAGCAUGAGUAUUUAUUUUGGUUGAUCAGUCACACGAAAUCUGAACUGAACAAACAAAAAUUGCACUCACAGAUAAAGUGUCAGUCAAGUGUUGCGGUUGAUCAAAUUGCGUCGCUUGAAAAUUUAAUUUUACAUAUUACAUCUUAGUCAUAGUUGGAAACGUGAACGAGAACCGUGUGGUUUGGCUUUUAAUUUAUGGAGAAGAAAAAAUUCUUUCUGAAGAAAAGGGGUUCCAAAGUGCGGUAAAAUGGUUUAUAUAGCAACACUACAAUUGAAAACGCUAAUCAUUGCAGUAGCGGCGUCAUGUAUAAUAAUUAACACCGAAAUAAUGUGUGAAAUAGGCGAAAAACGACCACACAUCAUUUUCAUAUUGGCUGAUGACAUGGGAUGGAAUGACGUUAGUUUUCAUGGUUCAGCUCAAAUACCCACUCCAAAUAUCGAUGCACUUGCUUAUGCCGGUCUGAUCCUUAACAAUUACUAUGUAACACCAAUUUGUACCCCAUCGCGGUCCAGUCUGAUGACGGGCAAAUACCCAAUCCAUACUGGAAUGCAACACACAGUAUUGUAUGCGGCUGAACCACGGGGACUUCCUCUUACGGAAAAAAUACUGCCACAAUACUUGAGAGAAUUGGGCUAUAAAAAUCACUGUGUUGGAAAAUGGCACUUGGGACAUUUUAAGCGUGAAUAUACUCCAUUGCAUCGCGGCUUCGACAGUCACAUUGGCUAUUGGACAGGUCAUCAUGAUUACUUUGAUCAUACCGCAUUCGAGCAACGACAAUGGGGCUUCGACAUACGAAGAGGAAUGGACGUUGCCUAUGAUUUACACGGUCAGUAUACAACGGACAUCAUUACCAAUGAAUCGGUUCGAAUUGUUCGAUCGCACAAUACAUCAAUCCCAUUAUUUUUGUACAUCGCUCAUGCAGCUGUCCAUUCCGGCAAUCCAUAUAAUCCAUUGCCAGCUCCGGACUCAACCACAAGCAAAUUUACACAUAUUAGUGAUUUUGCACGGAGAAAAUAUGCGGCAAUGAUGACACAUCUUGACUAUUCGGUUGGAGCUGUUGUUCAUGCACUAAGCCAAAAUAAUAUGCUAAAUGAUUCGAUUAUAAUAUUCAGCACUGAUAACGGUGGUCCAGCUGAAGGGUUUAAUUUGAAUGCAGCAUCAAAUUGGCCAUUGCGAGGUGUUAAAAAUACAUUAUGGGAGGGUGGGGUACGAGGUGCUGCAUUGCUAUUCAGUCCAAAAAUUGUGAAAAAACACCGCGUCUCUAAUCAAACCAUGCACAUCGCUGACUGGCUUCCAACAUUGUUCCAUGUUGCCGGAGGAAAUGUUGAGCAUUUGAACGCGACUCUCGAUGGAAAAAACAUGUGGUCGUCCCUUUCAGAAGAUACAAAAUCAAAUCGCACGGAAAUUUUACAUAAUAUUGAUGAUAUUUAUGGAAGUGCUUCACUAACGGUUGGUGAAUGGAAAGUUCAUAAGGGAACCAAUUAUAAUGGCGCUUGGGAUCAGUGGUAUGGGCCGGCUGGAAUCCGGUCGACGACAGCGUAUAAUGCCAAUGCUGUAUCGAACUGUCCAGCUGGUCAAGCAUUGAAUCAACUAAAUUUACUGCCAACAGUUCAGCAUAUGCGAAAAAUGCGAACCGAUGCCACUGUUGAUUGUUUGAAAAAUCAAAACUCUGUAUCUAUUUGUCGACCACUUGAAAAGCCAUGUCUUUUCAAUGUCAAUCUAGAUCCGUGCGAGCAGAAUAACUUAGCUGAUGAGUCAUUUAUUUACUCUGCUUUUAUUCUUUCCCGAAAAAGACAUCCCGAGAUUCUGAAUUCUUUAUUGGAAAGGUUGAACGCCUACAACGAAACAGCUCUUCUACCUGCCAAUUUACCGCUAGAUCCAAAUGGUGAUCCUCGAUUUUUCGAUAAUACAUGGACUAAUUUCGGUGAUUUCAGCAAAGAUAUAUAAUGAUGGA